AUGGAACUAAGUUUCGAAAUUGGGAAUGAAACUGACAAGUUCAUACAAAAUAUUGAAGACGACUUGUUUAAUGAUGAACUAGGACCAGAAAAUCUGAGAGAAAACUGUUUGGAUGAAAAUUCAGCCGACUUGCUUAAUGAUGAAGUAGGACCAGAAAAUCUAACAGAAAGCUGUUUGGAUGAAAACUCAGCCUUGGAUAAUUGUCAUAAAAAUUCAGCCAUUCAAAAACUUCCAGCCUCGGAAAAAGGUGCCGUUAAAAAAUCUGCAACUUCAGGAGAUAAUAAAAAUCGAGGUGGUACAGAAUCUAAAUCAUCAGACUUUUGUUUUUUUUGCGAAAUGUUAGUAACUAAUUUUGCAAGGCAUAUUGAAAGAAACCACAUGUCAGAAAUAGAAGUACAGAAAAUUUUUUCGAAACAAGCGAAAUCUAUCGAAAGACGAGCUUUAAUUGCAAGUCUUCGAAAAAAAGGAAAUUUUUUAAAAAGCGGACAAACAUGUUUCAAGCCAAUGAAAAAAACCCGAUUUCAAAAUGACAACUAUGUACCUUGCCCAUAUUGCUUGGGAUAUUAUGUUCCAAAACAGUUAUGGCGACACAAAAGAAAGUGCAUUGAACGUCCAAGCACAUCCGAUACUGUGAAUAGAAGCAAACUGUUGUUGUUCAGACAUGUAAAGACAUUCCCAGAAUUGAGGGAUAAGGUGUUUCCAAAAAUGCGAAAUGAUAAGAUAACAAUGGCAGCACAAAAAGACGUUUUGAUUUGUGCAUAUGCGGCGCGCUAUCUUAAAUCUCACAGAGAUGAACGUUUCACAAACGUAAUUUCAAGAAAAAUGCGUGAUUUAGCUAGAUUGAUUCAAGAAGUAAAACGAAUGGACAGCACUAUAUCCAAUUUUUUCGACAUGCUAGAUCCCCUACAUUAUGAUACCAUAGUAGAAGCUACAAAAACUGUAGCUAAAUAUGAUAAUCAAAAUGAAUCUUAUGCUAGUCCAACAUAUGCUUUAAAUAUGGGUACUACUCUGAAGCAAUGUUGCGAUGUUGCACUUGACUUUGCUUUAAAAAAAAAAGAAAUUUACUCAACAAUCCCGGCAGAAGUGGCUAGAAGUAAUUUGCAGAUUUUACAGCAAUUGAUUUCAUCCAAUUGGAAAUAUGACAUAGCCUCAGAAGCCUCAAAAAAUUUAAACGUAAAAAAAUGGAAUAAGAUUACAAUAGUUCCUUUAGCCAGUGACUUGAAGAUAUUAAAAUUAUAUCUUACUAACGUAGCAGAAAAAUCAAAAUUGGAUUUGGAAAAAAAUAAUAACGAUGAGAAGGCUUACAAAGAUCUAUUAGAGACGGUUUACUGCAGAGUUAUUUUGUUAAAUCGUAAGAGACCUGGUGAACUUCAGAGAUUAAACAUUUCUACUUAUACGGAAUCGGGUAACUCGCAGAAUUAUGAAGAGUUUGAUCAUGCAAUAUCACCUACAGAAAAAAUUCUACUGAAAAGCUUCAAGCGAGUUGUUAUCCAAGGUAAAAGAGACAGGGGUGUUCCAGUGCUAUUCAGUCUCGAUGUACAGGCAGAUAUUGAAAUGCUUUUUAAAUACAGACAUUAUUUUGUAUCAGCUACUAAUAAAUAUUUGUUUUGUCAAAUUAAAAAUGAGGGGCAUAUAUACGGUUACAAAGUGCUUCAAAAGCACGCCAAUCUCAGCGGAUGCAAAAAUCCUGAUGCACUUACAUCAACACGCCUCAGAAAACAUUUAGCUACUUUAUCACAAAUAUUUAAUAUGACUGAUAAUGAUCUAGAGCAACUAGCCACAUUUAUGGGACACACAACUGGCAUACACCGAAAAUCUUAUCGGCUUCCUGAUGAUGUUUAUCAGACCGCCAAAAUUUCGAAACUUUUGCUUUUAAUGGAAAAUGGAUCAUCUGUCGAUUACAAAGGAAAAUCACUUGAUGAAAUAGAAGUUGAUUUGGAAGCAGGUUUGGAGCAGGAAAUACCAGAUGUUGACCCUGAAGAAGACGACCUCUUUCGUUCACAGCAGGAAAUAAUGCCUUCUACAAGCUCCAUCACACAUACAGGAGAUAAAGAAGAUAAGAGCGAAAAUGAAUUAUCAUUACUGGAUCAGAAAUAUAAGAAAAAAGCAACAGCUAACAAAAAACAGAAAAUAAAAAUUGCAAGGACUCCAUGGACAGAUGAGCAAAAAAAAGUUGUGACAAAUUAUUUCGAAUUACAUAUUAAAGAAAAAAAAGCCCCAAAACAAGCUGAAUGUGAAACACUAAUUUCAAUGAAUCAUGAUCUUCUAAAAAAUAAAAAUUGGUUGAAAAUUAAGGUAUUUAUACAAAACAUUUAUGAAAAAAAAUACAAAAAGAAUAAAUAA